ACUUGAAACUGAAUAUCUUUUGAGUUUGUGACUGUUGUGUCCGUAGAUCAACCAAAGACAUUUGAAGACGCUGGGAAGCUGUGACUGGCCUUUUAUGACCUUUUUACUGACAAAACAAUCAAUAAAAACAAAAGAAAGAGUUAUGUAUUUUAGAAAAAGAAAACUGGUAUGCUUACAAUCUGCAAUUACAAACACACACAUGGCGGGCAAUAAGCCGAUGGCGGUAGAAUAUUACCCUGUAUAUAAAAUGUAGUAGCCUACUUUUAGACCAACAAUAUUAUAAAUAUAAGCUUAUAAGAGUUCCUCUCAUUUAGGCAGGAAUAUGAAUAAAUAGAAAUAGAAAAGUGCCAUGUCAUUUUUUUGUGGGGACGUUUCAGGCCAAUCUCUUGUUCCUGUGUAGCUAUACAAUUGGAAAAAAAGACUGAAAAGAGAUUCCGUCCGAGCGGACAUCGGGUUUUCUUCGUUGGUGCCCAAACUGAAAGUGAAACGCACAACAACAGAAGAGAAAAGUCCCCGCCUCGCCAGAGAGACAGCGGCUCCUCGGAUCACUGGGAACCACGGCGUGCAGGGAAACUCGCGAAGGCAAUGACGGCGUCCGACUCAAGCAGGUUCACCGCGUUGCUUUUCGCCUUCGUGUUGUUCUCCUCCCAGGUGUCACUGGCGUAUUUUUCGGCCUCAUUUCAAACUGAAGGGGAAGUCUCCCUUCACCCAGUUAAAGGACUGUUCCGUAACAGAAGGCAGGUGUGCACAGAUGGCACCUACAAGCACGAGGGGAGGACCUGUUGUCUGUGUGCUGCUGGCCGGCGGCUGGAGAGUCAUUGCUCUGCUGCAGACGAUUAUGGAAAAUGUGUGCUCUGUGAUUCUGGGACGUACAACAGUCAUCCUAACGCCCUGCAGCGCUGUGAGCCCUGCAGAUCCUGUGAACACCCCGACGCUAAUCUAGAGGAGGAGGAAAACUGCACCCCAGCCAGGAAUGCUAAAUGUCGAUGCCAAAAAGACCACUUUUGCAUCAGUGACACAGAAAAUUGCAGAAUCUGCCAUGCUUGUAGAAUAUGUGGCACUGAGGGUGUCAGAGUAGACUGCACAGCUACCAACAACACAGUCUGCAAUGAAAGAUCUGAAGGGCUAGAAAGUGGGGAAAAAGCUGCCAUAAUUGUCUCAAUCCUAGUAUUUGCAAUAUUAAUAGCAGCUGCACUGUACUACAUGUAUGUGAGAAGAAGAAAAAUGCGUAGUAGAAAUCUGACCCCGGCCCAAACAAACGGCAACCCAGCCGAAGUGGAGUUUCUGCCUGUUAAAGAUCUCCAUCUUCACCUUCCUGACAUUGCAGCCAUUCUUGGCUGGAAGGAUAUGAAGGAUGUAGCAAUGCGUAGUGGGAUAUCAACUACUGCUAUCGAUUCUUGUAAACUGGACCACCCCAAUAAUAGUGAGGAACAGACCCUCCAACUCCUGGUGAAAUGGGUGGAGAAACAGGGCAUGGGUGCCUCAAAAGACUUGAUCGAAAUCCUACAAAAAAGCGACAAACACUUCAAGGCAGAGAAGGUGAAAGAGAUACUGCAAAAUGACAGCACCGCUACAUCAAACAAUCCUGUUUGAUUGUGUCUAUUGUAAACAGUAUUUUAAUGUUUGCCGUGCUGUCUAUUGAGCAAAUUACUAUUUUGGAAAGAUACCCUUUUAGAUGUUUGACAUGAUAGGCCUGAGCUGUAGUUACUGAUUUGAAAUUUUAUGUUUUGAGUCUUCUCUGUCUUUAGAAAAGACUUAAACUUCAUAAAAAGCUGAAUUAAUGGUUUGGUUUUUGUAGGGACGAAGAUGAUAUGUAAUGGUGUCACAGAGGCAUGGCACGGGGCAAUCAUUAUAAUCUGCUUCUCAAUUGGAUUGAAAGGUUUUCUGGAAUAUUCUCCACCAAAAAAUGGAUCACGCUCCAUGCACUGAAUCACACCUCCAUUCUUGUAGAUCAUAUUACUCAAGUCCUCAGAUCUUUACACUGAGGACUACAAAAUACGAUUGUUGGUUUACAAAGCACUGAAUGGUUUAGGGCCAAACAUAUCCUCUGCUACGAACCAUCCAGACGUCUCAGGUCGUCUGGGACAGGUCUUCUCUCUGUCCCCAGAAUCAGAACUAAACAUGGAGAGGCAGCAUUCAGUUAUUAUGCUCCACAUAUCUGGAACAAACUCCCAGAAAACUGCAGGACAGCUGCAACUCUGUU